AUGGGACUUUAUUUGGGAUUUUUUACACUGCAAACAUUUAGCCACUUAGCCCAAAAAACUGUUGUGGAAAAGGAUAAUUUCAUCAUAAAAAAAAUUGAAUUUCCCUCACCAAAUGAAGAAACUAAUUUAGAUAUUCUCAAAGUUCAUUCGCGUAAAAUUAACUUGACCCGCUGCAUUAAUUUGCUUAAAAUAGCUAAACUUAUACCGGGAGCUUCUGGUGCAGAAGUUAAAGGCGUUAAUAUAGGUGCUGGCAUGUACGCAUUGCGUAAGCGUCGUGCGCAUGUUACUCAAGAAGAUUUUGAAAUGGCUGUCGCUAAAGUUAUGCAGAUGAAUUCAGAGAAGAACAUGUCUAUUAAGGAAUUAUGGAAGUAA